AUGAGGCCGCUUUUAGCCUCCUUACAUCCGAUUGGUCUUGAACUUGAUCAAUGCAAGCAAGAAAUAGUGCCGUACUUGAAAGUGCUUACAGCUAGUGAUGCUAGAGGAUCCAGGGAAUGGCCUUUCUUUCGUAUUCUACUCAGGAAGCUGGUCUGGCGUAUCGGAAAACAGACUUGGCUACUGGAUGCCUAUAUAGAUAAGGGAAUCCACUUGAUAGAAAUGAUUUGGUUAUCCAACCCGGCCCGCAUAUUGAAUGAUGAAGUCUUGGGAAGAAAAGAAAUAAUUCCACUCUCUACUCGGAUCUGGAGAUUGGCCUAA